CCUGUUUCCCGAACUGUGUGUGUGUGUGUGUGUGUGUGUGUAAGACAGAGAGCGAUGGCAGACCGGCGCGUGUCUCCGGUAAAGAACUUCGUGGCCGGUGGAGUCGGGGGCGCGUGCCUACUGUUCGCCGGACACCCGCUCGAUACCAUCAAGGUUCGACUUCAAACACAGCCCAAAGCCUCGAGUGGUCAGUACGUGCUGUACACAGGAACGUUCGACUGCUUCCGCAAAACUCUGUCCAGAGAGGGAGCCUUGGGUCUGUACAAGGGCAUGGGAGCGCCGCUGGCCGGAGUCGCCCCCAUGAUGGCCGUCAGCUUCUUUGGAUUCGGACUCGGGAAGCAGCUGCUCCAGAGCGACCCGUCUGUCCCCGUCAGCUACACACACACACUCAUGGCUGGAAUGUUAGCCGGAGUUUUCACUACAGUCAUUGUAGCUCCAGGAGAGAGGAUCAAGUGUCUGCUUCAGGUACAGUCCAUCAGUGGAGAGCUGAAAUACGCCGGGCCGAUGGACUGCGCGCUGAAACUCUAUAAACAACACGGAAUUCGCAGUGUGUACAAGGGAACCAUCCUCACUCUCAUCAGAGAUGUUCCUUCUUCUGGUCUCUACUUUUUAACGUACGAGUACCUGAAAGCCGUCCUGACUCCUGAGGGCGAGACUGUGGACCGACUCAGCACUCCCAGGAUUCUUUUUGCUGGAGGAACUGCUGGAAUCGUGAACUGGGCCGUCGCUCUUCCACCUGAUGUCCUCAAGUCCAAUUUCCAGACAGCUGCUGAUGGACGUUACUCAGGUGUAGUGGAUGUUUUGCGGACGCUGCUGAGAGAGGAAGGAGCCCGAGCGCUGUAUAAAGGCCUGAGUGCCGUCAUGCUGCGAGCGUUUCCUGCUAAUGCGGCUUGUUUUUUGGGAUUUGAAAUGGCUCUUAAGUGUUUAAACUGGCUUGUUCCAAACUGGUGACCUCUACACGACCUCAGGCUGGUGCUGGUCUUCAGGCUGAUGAGGAAUUCUGACCCGGCUCUGUUUACAAACCAACAAACCGAGAUGAGAUCAUUGUGCUGAAAUACCAUCCAUCCAUCCAGGAACUGUGGAGGCCAGUGGUGACCGUCGUAUUUAUUCCCAUUUUGUACACCUGGUCAACAUUCUCACACACACACACACACACACACACACAUUCACACACUACUGGCAAUUUGAGAAUGCCAAGUAGCACAAUCUGCAUGUCUUUAGACAGUGGGAGGAAACUGGAGUACCCAGAGGAAGCCCCCCAAGCACGGGGAGAACAUGCAAACUCCAUGCACACAGACCCCAAGGUGGGAAUCGACCCCAGGACCUGGAGGUGUGACUGUGCUAACCAGGGUUAAGCAACCGUGCUGCCUUAUUGAAAUACAUAACACAACUCAAUUUUAUUCAGUUCAAUUUUAUUUCUUUAGCGCUUUUAACAGCAGUCAUUGUCACAAAGCAGCUUUACACAAUCAAACUAAAUUACGAAAGUGUGUAUGAGGUGUGAGUGUGUGUGUGAAUCAGAAUGAUCAGAUCGUCCCUGAUGAAUGAGCCGAGUGUGAAGGUGCUGAGGGAAAAACUCCCUGAGAUGGUAAUAGGAAGAAACCUUGAGAGGAACCAGACUCAACAGGGAACCCAUCCUCAUCUGGGUGAAACAGAAAGCAGGGAUUGAUCUGCACUCAUGAAACAGAACACAAACUUCCGCUCUGCUCGCUUUUCAUUAUAGUGAUGUUAUUAUUUUUUUUUAUUUAAAUGUAAAAUCACACUUGUCGUUUUUUGUUUUUUUUUUUUUU